AUGGUAUCAGGAGUUAUCAUAAUAAAGGUUGUCUUCAUCAUACUCAUAGCAGCAAUGGCUUUUGUUGCAGGGAUUCUUCCUGGCAUCAUCCCUUGGUGCAAAAGAAGCACAAAUGUACUAGGUAUAGCUAAUGCUUUCAGUGGAGGUGUCUUCUUGGCAAUCGCCUUUCUCCAUAUCCUCCCAGAGGCAACAUCAGGAUACAGAGAAUUCAUGGAACAACAUGAACACUCUGAAAGAUAUGCCCCAUGACUCAGACAUGGAAAUGAGGAGGAGCCCUUUCCACUUCCCUUCGCGCUUGCCUUUGUAGGCUACGCUUUUAUCUUACUAAUUGAUAAAGUUAUUUUUGAUACUCAUUCGUUGGUCGAUGGGCAUGGUCAUGGCUCUAGUCCAAAGAUUAUCCCUAAUGUAAGGAAGGAACAUAACGAUUAUGAAGAGAUCAGCAAAGAAAUAAAUGAGUAUGGCCAAGAUUAUGAUGAAAAUGAAGGCCCUCAGAGAAUUCAAACUAAAUUUGUUGCCUGAAUGGACCAUACUUUGAACAGAAGUGAGGCAUCUCAGGAAAGUAAUUCUUUUAAUAAAACUGACAGAGAUUCUAAGCAUGGAGAAGAUACGUCUAUUGCUACUCAUCAUGAUCAUUUAAUAAAUUCUGAAGAAAGGAAAAAGAAAAGGUGAUCUUGAAACCUCACUCCAGUGGUCUUAUGAAUAGCUCUGAGUGUCCAUUCAGUAUUUGAGGGGAUUGCAACCGGAUUAAUUAAAGAAACGAGCGAUCUCUGGACUUUUGUAAUCGCUAUCGGAGCUCACAAGUGGGCUGCUGCAAUGUCAUUAGGUAUCAGUAUGACUAAAAAUUUUAAGAAUCAGACAGGGACAGUGUACAUUGUGCUUACAAUCUUCUCACUAGCGACUCCAUUAGGAGUUCUUAUAGGAAUGAUUGUAGCUACUCAAUCGGCAAUAGUAGAUAUCAUAUUUUCAUCUCUGGCAGCGGGAACUUUUGUUUAUAUAGCUUGCUCAGAAGUAAUCGUUGAAGAAUUUUCAGUACCGAAAUAUAGAUGGAUCAAGAUGUUUUCAUUCUUAAUCGGAGCAUCUCUCAUCAUAGUCCUUGGACUCCUAGAAUAA